AUGCCUGUUCACCUCUUUCUCGCCCUCUUUAUUGCAGAGAGAACAACUGAGAUUGGGCGGCUGAUCAGCUCCUACCUGGAGAAGGAGAAGAACUUGGAGGAUCACACAGUUCAUCUGCUUUUCUCAGCGAACCGCUGGGAGCAUGUGCCAUUGAUGAAAGACAAAUUACAUCAAGGAAUCACACUUGUGGUAGACAGAUAUGCCUUUUCUGGAGUAGCCUUCACAAGUGCCAAACAGAACUUCUGCCUGGACUGGUGCAAACAACCUGAUGUUGGACUCCCAAAGCCAGAUUUGAUUCUGUUUCUUGAGUUAAGCCCAGAGGAAGCAGCGGCACGAGGGAACUUCGGGAAAGAGCGUUAUGAGAACAGCUCCUUCCAAAAGAAAGUUCUACAAUCCUUCUAUCAUCUGAUGAAGGACAAGACAUUAAACUGGAAGACAGUGGAUGCUUCAAAGAGUAUAGAAGACAUGCACAGAGAAAUUAAGUCUGUUGCAGAGGAAACCAUGAAGGAUAUUCAGAGUAAACCUCUAGGAGAACUCUGGAAAUGAAACUUGAUCCACACUAUUAUCUUCCAGACCUAAUGGAAAACUCGCCUCCUGGAUCGUUCAUGGUAGGAUGACUUCCCUGCAUCUCCUCCCAGUAAUUACAGCGCAGAUCACUUGUAUUCUUCUAUAUCCCACAUGGUGCUGGAGUCCUUGUGGAGUUAUCUGAUUCUCCUCUCCAUUCUGCAUUGUCCCUUCUGUAUUUUGUAAAUGAGCACGUUAUCUUCCCUGUGAAAACCUCCCUGCCUCAGGUAGGACUCCUGUUCUGUUCUCAGCAGUGCUCAGUGCUGUAGUACAGGUGAGGGUACUGAGGCUAAAGCUUUUUCUGGGACAGGGGUAGCAGCAACGGGUGGGGAACAGCUUUCUUGUACAUGAAGUUUCAGAGAACUACCAUGUUUCUGAUUCUUCUGCCUCUUUAAUGUAUCCCCUAUGCUGAAACCAGUUUAUAGAGAACUUGCUAAUAAAUUAUUCUUUUAAAUGUUUUGUACAGUGGCAAAAGUGCAUUUUUGAAUAUGAUACUUCUAGAAGAACAUAUAGGAGGUGUUAUGUUUGCUAAAACUGGAAUGAGUGGAAGAGAGAUUAAUUCAUCUCCAAGUCUGCUCCCCUGUUGUUCAAUGAGAAUGAUAAAGCGACUGAGCUGCUGUUAGCAAGGAUAAAAUACUAAGUAAGAGUCUGAAAUACAUAUGUAGCUCAUAGCAAGACCAGUUCAAAGGGUGAGUUGCAUGCAACUUAUUUAGACUGGUGGAGUUACUCAUGUGGCCAAGAUCAGAGAAAGAGUCAGCACUGACACCUACACGGACUAAAAGUGCAAUUUAAACAACUCAACACAGGCUGCCAAACCUGAGCACCUACGACGCCUGACCUUGCCUAACUUUCUCAGGCUGUACUGUUCUGAUCGUUACCUGAAAGGCAAUGCUUCUAGGUUAGUCUAGGUUGUUACAGUAAAGCUCUGAUUUAUAAAACUAAAAUGGUGAUAGGAGUUUGAUAUUUGAUUAUGGUAAUUUAAAAAAUUCUUUUAAGUCUUCAGCAAUAAAAAUGCAAUAAAUUGGAAUGAAUCAAUUGCAAGGCAUACUGAUACGAAAGAUGACCAAAAGAGUUAAUUACCUGCAGGAUACUUAGCUCUCACUUUCUAGCAAUAUGGACUGGACUGCUUUUCAAGCUGGCCCAGACAGGAAACUAAAGCCUGCUCUAAUUUAGAAAGGCUGAUGGAAUUGAUGCACUAGUGGGGGAGAGGAAGGUAAAUACCUAGAACAAAACCGCUAAUGCAAACAUCAGCUGAAGUGGUAUAAGCUCCUGCGUUCGCUCUGCAACUGUGCAGGAGCAGGAACGUUUCUGAGGGAGAGGAGCACCUUUAACGCAGUGAGUAUGGCCCUUGGUUUGAAUUCUGGCAAUUCUACAAUAUUCAGAGAAGUUAUUUAAUUCAUCUUAGCUUUAGGUUCCUGACUAUGAAAAGAUCGUAAUACCUGUUAAACUUAGUUUACCUGCAAUUUCUUAUACCUUUAGCUCUAUUAUCAGGGUCAUGUUAAGACUUACCUGAGUGUUAUCUGGCUGAGCUGUCCUUAUACUAAAGACUUCGCAAAGACAGUAUGAACAUGAAAUAAGUAUAUUCCUUCUUGGCUGAAUACUGACCAGCAGCAGCUCAUUCAGAUUGAGAGAGAGAGAUGUCAGGAGACUAGGCCUCAAAUAAAGUACCUGCCAAUAGCCAAAAGGCUGUAACCCCUCUGUUGCCAAAGUGCUCUUUCUUGGUGUUACAUAGCAAAAUAGGAAAGGCAGGUGCCAAGCUGACUACAGCUUUAUUUUUGUAAAAUUUGCUACUACAGGGCUUGUGUUUAAAAGGCUACCUCAAAAUCAAAGAAACAGACGCAACAAAAAGCUGUCAAAUGAAUAGCUAAACAGGGGCCACACAACCUUGAAGGAAAUAAGUUUCACACACUGACAUCCAAUCUGAACUUCUCUGCCUCUGUUUGGCUUUCCCCCUGCUACCCUCAAAUACAUGCAUAGCAGACACUCACAGAAAAAGCAUGUCCUGCCUUGAAGAAACUAAAGCAGAGAUGCAGAGCUGCUCAGUAGGGACUGUCUUUCAGUAUUGCUGCAUUGCCCCAUGUUCAUUCAGAUGACUUUUAAGAAUUCAGCUAGCAGAACUGCACUACAGAAGUGGUGUUUCCUCUCUGCCAGUCCAAGAUUUUGCAACAUCACUAGGAAGCACUGCUAAGCAAAUCCUAACACUCUGUCCAGAGCAGGCAUCCUGUAUAUUCUUCCACACCUCCUGUGGCAAUCUUGCUGAAAACAGGCAUUGGAUGCAACAAGGAACAUGUUGCCAUGCCAAGGACAGGCCUGAGGGCAUUAACCUUCUUGGGUGAGGAACAUCAACUUUGUUACCACUGACUGCAAUCCCAAGCAACCAGCCUGGAUUCUAUCAGAUGCACCAAAGGGAAGAUAAAGUUAUUGUACACAAUUCAACUUUUGCUCCCAUCUUCCUUCUAUUGCCCUAGAAGAGUAAAAAUAGCUGAGCUGUAAUUGUUUUAAGA